AUGGCUGAGCCGGGGGGACCUGAGCCUGAACUGGACCCGUUGGUGUGGCACCCCUAUAGUCAGCCUGUGGUAUUGCAGUCUCCGGUGGGUUUGGAGGUGAAGUUGGGAUCGCUGGUGCUGCUGCUGUUGGUGACUCUGCUGUGUGGGUUCUUGCCUCUGUGGGUUUUCCAUCGUCCCGGGUCUGCAACCAGCUCCUCAGCUACUCGGAAGAAAGCGUUAAGCCUGGUGAGCUGUUUUGCCGGCGGAGUCUUCCUGGCGACCUGUCUCCUGGACCUGAUUCCCGAUUACCUCAGCAGCAUCAACGAGGCCCUGGCUGAAUUGGGGAUCACGCUCUUCUUCCCCCUGCAAGAGUUCAUCUUGGCCAUGGGCUUCUUCCUGGUUCUCGUCAUGGAGCAGAUCGUCCUGGCCUACAAGGACCCCGCGGGUUCCCUGGAGGAGACGCAAGCCCUGCUGAGCUCAGCUUCGCAGAACUCUGGCGCCCUCCAGGACCAGGGCUGGCCGGACGGGCCCCUGCCCCGCCAGCUGCCUCGGGACGGCCCCCUCCGGGAGCGCCCCCACUUCCACGUGGACUUCAACGCCCACUCGGCCAUCCGCUGCUUUGUGCUGCUGCUGGCGCUCUCCCUCCACUCCGUCUUCGAGGGGCUGGCUGUGGGGCUGCAGGAAGGGAGCGCCCAGGCCCUCGAGAUCUGCCUGGCGCUGCUGAUCCACAAGGGGGCCAUCGCCUUCAGCCUCAGUUUCAAACUGCUCCAGAGCCGGAUGCGGGUCCGGGCUGUAGCUGGCUGCCUGAUUCUCUUCUCCAUCAUGUCCCCCUUGGGUGUCGGGCUGGGCGUGGUCCUGACGGAGACCCCCUCAGUCGUCCUGCACGGCCUCUCGCGCAGCGUGCUGGAAGGGCUGGCGGCUGGCACUUUCGUCUACAUCACCUUCUUGGAGAUUCUGCCCCACGAGCUCAGCUCCUCUGAGCAGCGGAUCCUCAAAGUCAUUGUCCUGUUGGCCGGAUUUGCCGUUGUGACCGGCAUCCUGUUCAUUAAGAUCUGAGGACCACGUCAGGAACAGGAGCAGCAUUUCACCAGCUUGGGAAAACGGGGUGGAGAGGAAUAAGGAAUGAAAAACCCUCACUGUUCUGGUUUUUCCCCUCCGGCGAGGGGUUAACUUCCAAGUGUCCCCCCGCUUCCUCGUUAUUUCCCCUUUGAAUCCCAAAACUAUUAACCCCGAAGCAAAAACUGGGAAUGGAUUUUCCUUCUUUCCCUUGGAGACCACCCUGGGAACGGUUAUUCUCAAAAUGAGCAGGCUCGAUCCUUUUAAAUAUACCGCUGAACGGUG